UUGUUAGCUCGUACAUUGUUAGUGAUCCAAACCAGUGCUUGGACACACUAGCACUGAGUUACAAUCACUUGCCUCGUCACUUGAAACCAUGCUUCCUUUAUUUAGGAGUAUUUCCAGAAGAUCAAAAAAUCUUGGUGUAGAGAUUAAUCUGGUUAUGGAUAGCUGAGGGGUUUAUACAAAAAAUUGGGCAGAGAAGCUUGGAGGAAGUAGCAGAGGAUUACUUAAUGGAUCUAAUUCAGAGAAAUCUGGUAAUUGUUGCUCGAAAAAGGUUUGAUGGUCGAAUUAAAGAAUGUCGUAUGCAUGAUCUUUUGCGUGAUUUAUGCUUGAAGAAAGCUAGGGAAACUAAUUUCCUACAGCAGACUCACAAUAACAAACUCGUUUAUCCUUAUUCUUCAUGCAAUUACAGAACAAAUAUUCAAUGUCACCUUUGCAUCAAUUAUGACUUUGAAGAAUUUGACCAUGUUUCCAUUGGCUCUUAUUCCCCAGUAGUUGUUCAGUCAAUCUUGCACUUUAAUGCUUUAGAUGGGUCUAAAUAUUUGAACAAUGUGUUAAAUGGUUUGCUGUUUAUUUGUGAAACCUUCAAACUUCUUAGAGUAUUGGACUUAUGGUGUGUCUAUGGCUUAUUUUCAAGAAAAUUAAUAGAACUUGUUAAUUUGAGGUAUUUGGCAAUUACGGUGGGGGGUUCAGUUCAAUUACCGCUGUCAAUAUCCAAUCUCUCAAACCUAGAAACCCUUAUUCUUUUUGCAUCUGUGUCUGAGGUUACUCUAUCAUAUAAUGUGUGGAAGAUUCCAAAGUUAAGGCAUCUUUAUACUAAAGGAAAGAAAUAUUCUGUGUCUUUAAGUUCUGCAAUGGAUCAUAGCUAUCCCUCUAUAUUAGAAAACUUACGAACCAUCACAAACUUAAAUCCUUGUGGAGCUGUUCAAGAUUUAUUGGCAAGGACUCCUUAUCUGACAAAGCUAGGAUUUUGUGGGCCUAUGAUAUCAUAUUUAGGGCAUUGGAUGUUUCAUAAUCUAGACUUUCUUAGACACCUUGAGACUUUGAAGCUAUACAACAAUUUUUGCAGUCAACCAACCACUUUCCGAGGGGUUAAGUUUCCUGCAAAUGUUAAGAGGCUAACCUUCAGAAAUACAGAUACAAAGUGGAAGGAGAUAUCAAUCCUUGGGAUGCUGUUACCCAACCUUGAGCUUCUCAAAUUAGAAAGUGAGGCUUACUGGGGAUCGCAAUGGGCAACAACUGAUGGGGUUUUCCUCAACUCAAAUUCUUGAAACUGAAGUACCUCAAUGUUGGACGAUGGAUCACCUGCUCUAGUCACUUUCCAAGUCAUCAUCACUUAUUGUUGAAAUCGUGUGACAAUCUCGAGGAAAUACCAUCUAGUUUGGGGGAUAUACUCACUC